GAACUAGAUGUGGAUGUGCGUGCUAGCCAGUAAGACAAGUUAAGCGAGACACUCGACACUCGACACUGACCACCAACCCGACAAUCCACAAACACAUCGUCAUCGCCUCAUCAUGGCCAUCAAAGACUUAAGCAGACAACUGCUAAUCACAUUAAUGCUCAUCGGAGCCCUGCUUGGCCAGCAGUUGCCCAACGACGAGACUAGCAGCAGCAGCAGCGGCGACACCUCCGCUCCCUCCUCCACAAGCGCACCUGGUUCGGCACGACCGCCGCCACGGGUGACGCUCAACAAAUGCUGCCAUUUGGGCGAGUAUCUCAAUGGCACCACCCGCUCCUGCAUAGCGGGCAACUCGGAGCUGUGGGUGCCCAUGGUGUACCUCAUACAGCAGCAGCGCUUCUUUAAGCCCAUUGGCGCCAGUCCGCGCUUCAUGAAGUUCACCGCCCACGUACGACCCGUCUGCCAGGAGCAGCAGCUGGAGCUGUUCAGCAGUAGGCCGGGCAAUGUCAUCAUUUUCCCUAAUGGCACACUGUCGGUGCGCGAGCGCCUGAUUCUGGUGGAGCCGCACAACUAUUGCGUCGAUCGGGAUGUGGCAUUGGUCUGCCUGGAAGCACCCGCAGCAGCAACAGCAGGUAACCGAGAGACUGCACCCGAACGGGGAACCGAAACGGGAAUGGCAUCCCUGGUGACGCCGCCUGCAACGCUGCGCAUGCGCAAAUGCUGCGGCAAGUGGGGCAGCUACGACACCAGCCUGAAGACCUGCAACCUGCAGCCCAGUCCCCCCACCGACGGCCAGCUACGGCUGGGCCCACAACUACCGGAGGGCAGCUAUCAGACCAGCUACGGCCUGCCCGAGUGCGUGGCCACAAAUGCAAAUACAAAUAUCGGCUAUGCCAUUGCCGGCGACUGGCACGAAGCCCAGCUAAAUCGAUCUUCCGGCGAGAUCCGGCUGUCGCAUCACACCAAUCUCAGUGCCAGCCAGUACUGUCUGGAGCACACGCAACGCGAGGGAGAGGUGAAGAUCAUUGCCUGUUCGCAUCACUUUUCACACGCCACACACGGCGACGGUCAGAAUGGGGGCUCCGGCGCACUGGACGAGGAUGGCCAAAGCUCGGGUAUGCGGCUGCAGAAGGCCGUCCUAACCGGCGGCAUACUCGUUUCGGUGGUGUUCCUGGCGGCCACACUCGUUGCCGGCUUUAUGCUGCCCGCCGUCCAUCAUGCUCUACACUGGCGCUGCCAGAUCUGCUACGUCUUCUGCCUGCUGGUGGGCAAGGUGCUGCUGGCCAUCGAGGAGCUGAACACAUCGAUACUGCCGGGCUCCGUGGCCUGUCUGCUGCUGGCCAUUGGCAUGCAGUUCUUCUUCCUGUCGGCCUUCUUCUGGCUCAACACGAUGUGCUUCAAUAUCUGGUGGACGUUCCGGGACUUUCGACCGAGCUCCCUCGAGCGGAAUCAGGAGGCGCUGCGACUGCUCCUCUAUUCCGUGUACGCCUGGGGCGUGCCCCUGCUGAUCUCAACGAUAGCCGCCUGCGUGGACCAGCUGCCGGAGACGACGCUGCUGCGGCCGGGCUUCGGGCAGCUCUAUUGCUGGUUCGACAAUCGAUCGGUGUCCAUUUUUGCCUACUUCUACGGCCCCAUUGGGCUGCUGCUCUGCGCCAAUAUUGCCCUGUUCAUCUCCACCACCCACCAGCUGACGUGCGGCCUGUGGAAGCGGGACGAUGUCAAGUCGUCCACGGAAAAGUCGGCCCUCGGCAAGGUCUGCCUCAAGCUGGUCGUCGUGAUGGGCGUCACAUGGAUAGCGGACAUCAUGUCGUGGCUGGUGGGCGGGCCCCAUGGCGCCUGGUUCGUCACCGAUCUGAUCAAUGCCCUGCAGGGCGUCUUCAUUUUCAUUGUGGUCGGAUGCCAGCCGCAGGUGUGGACCGCCUGCAGGCGCAUCUGCUGUCCACGGCUCCGUCACGACAUCACCAACACCACCAAUGGAGUCCAGCACUCGAGCAGCUCCCAGGGCCUGCCCUCGAUGGCCGGCUGUGGCACAGAGUUCACGCAAAACACCACAAUGCAGAGCUCAGCGCCCAGCAGUGUGUCCCCAACUGUGGCUGAUACCACCGCAACCCCACCAACAACGACGAGCACAGCGGCAGCCCUUCCCCCCACUGCAAAGAUGGAAACUGUUUGCUAAAGAAAACUGGAGACGAGACGAGCGACAAUGCGAAAGUAAGCCCUCUGUCCCUCCCUCCGUCCACACGAAAAUAAUGGCAUUGGAGCUGGGGGACUGGAGUAUCCGAGGCACACUUGCGCAAUAGCAGUAAACAGCAGCAGCAGCAGCGCAACCAACAUUCAAGCACGCGCAUUGACCGGCCCAGCUAAUUGUCUAUGUGUUUGAGAGUGUGUGUAAAAGUGAGUGCAUGUGUGUGAGACCGUCUUGCGCGUGAUUUUGAAAUCGGCCAACAAGGGGAAGCAGAAGUAGGGGCAGGCAGCGGCAGCGGACAAUGGCCGACAGUAAUUCAGUAUUCAACUUCAAUCUUCAAUUUGAGCAAAACACAAAAGAAAUGUAAGAGUAUUUUAUUCAUAUGGAUAUGUACAUAUGGAUGUACGUAUGUAACUUGAGCACAACAUAACGGUAGGAUAGAUGGGGGAUAGCAGGGCAGGACAGGGUCAGAUUAACACGUUUUAAUUGAAUUGAGCCCAGACAUGGGUAAGUGUUGCAAAACGCAGUAGAGUAUAUGUAUGUGUAUACGUACAUACAUAUGUACAUAUACCGCAAACAGGAAUGCACAAUAGACAAAGCAGUGCAAUUGUUAAUGAUGGGGGUUUUCGUUCCAGGGAGAUUUUCCAAUAGAACUUGAACAGCUGCCGUUGCCGCUGCUGCUGAAUGCAGCGCACAACCACAAGGAAUUUAUUGUUGAGGCAUUUUUGUUGUAUUCUCGUGAUAUUCUGCUUUGGCCGUUCUAUCCUAACAAAAAUCUCAAGUGUGAGAAAACCAGCAGCCGCCAGCAGAUAGAACAAACAAACACACACACAUACUAUACGUAUAAAAAUACAUGAACACAUGUAGAUUGUUUAACAUUUAAAUUAGUCGAUUCUGGAUGCUGGGCUCUAAUUUGAAUUUGGAAUCCCAUUUCGAUUCCCAUUGAGAAGAUUGCACCAAAAAAAAAAAAAAGCUGCUGGCAUUUGAUUUAGACGUGCUGCGUCACACGUACCCGCUUCCUCACGUGUUCUCACUCACUCUCUCUCUCCCAGAGACCAGUAUUAGAUUAGUGUAUGAGUGUGUGUGUGUGUUUGUCAUUCGGCAUUGCUCAAUAAUUUGAUUCUUGCAUUCUUUUACAAUCUUCCAAGUGGAUUCUGGCACUAUUUUUAAGUGUGUUGUGUGGCAGAAAUCUGUUUUAAAUUAAACAUUUCUUAUAUUUUGUUCUUCUGGGAGUUCGUUUGUUUUUUGUAAGCCAAACAAACAGGAAUUUAUUUACUCGCGCAGGCAUAAACAAAAAAAUAUCUACAUAGGUACAUGUGUGUGUGUGUCUGAUUGUUUCCCUAAUAGUUGUUUUCCUCUUGGGUACAAAGACAAACACACACACACAUGCGUGCGCGCGCGCACAAUCAAAUUUAUCAUCAAAAGUUCAACGAUACUGAUCGAUCAAGGUUAAAUGGUAGAAGUAAAAAAAAAAGUGGGCGCAGCAGAUGCCAAAAAGGAAAGCGCGUUUAAUUAAACAAUGAUCGGCCCAUCCAUCACGCACGUACUCACACACUCUAUAAACGCAUUGUUCCGUUAUGUUUCUGGGCGGCCUGCUAUCGAUAUCGAUUUAUUUAUAUCCUUUUGAGGCGCCCAAUUCAGAAUGUAUUCAACUUCCUCCCCGCACGUAUUUUUACAUAUGUAUAUUUUAAAUCCCUGAAAACACAGAAACUAAAAGCAGUACAAUUUUUUUUAUUUUAUUAUUAUUGUAUUUAAUUUAAUUUUUUUUUCCAUUAAUUAAUUGUAACUUAUAUCUGAAUUUGUGCAUACAAUAUUUAGUUGGCGCGUCUAACGUGCGUAAUUAUCGAAUACCUAUCGAAUAGCGUAGGCACACACGCAUGUAUUAUGUAAUAGAACUUCCAAAGUGUUCAGGCCAAAAGUUAGUUUCCCGCUCCCACAUGGCGAUCCCAGGAUAAGGAUCCCUAUAAAACCUAUAUAUACAUAUAUUUGUAAAAUUCAAUUGUUUAUUUGUGUAUGUUUAAUUGUAUAUAGUACCUACUAAACGAGAAAAUAUGUCUUCUUGGAAACGUAUUCAAGUAUCUUGGAUCAAAACAACGAAUUGAAAUUGAAAUUAUGAUGAUACUAUCCAAUGACUGAUAAAGGCAGCGAAUACUUUAUAUCUAGAGCAUAUUUUUGAUACUAACGACUAUUGUACAUAUGAUAAGCAUAUCCUAUACAAUUGACUAGCCUAAGACUAGCCCGACAUAAUUAUUAUUUUACGCAUUGCCCUGCCCUGAGAUAUCUCUACAUAUUUCCAUUUGACUCGAAUCCCUGCAACCCGUAACCUGUAACCAAACAACGAAUCAACAAUAUCUAUGUAGUUGCUAAGAUUUAUCCUCUACAUCGAUGCUAAGUCUUUACGAUAAAGUGUUAUUAACUAAAACAAACGCAUACAAGUCUGCACAUAGUCCUCAUA